AUUCGAGCUGUUUGGAUAGAAAAUACAGAGAAAUAAAGAGAGAAAAUUCGAUUGAUAAUUUUUUGUGCUGCUCGUCAUCUUUAAAUGUAAUAAAUUGUUUCAAUGAAAUGCAUAAACCGCAUCUAACUAAAACAGAUUUACGCUGCUCAAAAUUUAAUGUCAUGGAGAUAAUGUUAACAAACUUUCUAAAUUUGGAGGUAAAACCUUCAAGACAUAUACAAAUACAUGUGAUGCAAAGGUAUCAAGCAGAGGCAGUUGUUCCAUCUUGUUCGAAAAAAGAUGGAUUGUUAUUUUGGUCAACUUGUGUUCAUGCAAUGAAAGCUACCUAUAAUAAUUUUUCAAUCAUUGACUCCUGCAACAAACUUAGAAAUAAAAGAGUUAAAGUAACUGGAGAUAAAGAAGUAUGUGCAGGAUUUAAUUUCACGACUUAAGAGGACUCCGAAGAAGAAUAUUCUGUAUCUCAAUGAUAUCCUGGCUUAUCGAUACGAUAUCCUGUAAAUCCACUCACACACAUAAAUUUUACUCACACACGUAAAUCCUGUAAGUUCAUUUACACACGUAAAUCUUAAAAAAGAUGUUUAUAUUUUUAUCUAUAAAUUGUAAAUUUUAUAUAAAU